AUGGAUAUCGACGAUAAUCACGUCACUGGAUCGCCCACUCUUCCGCUGCGGUCUCUCCACCUCGAGAACACCUCCUUCUCUCAGAGCAGUCUCGAGUCCUUGCUUGAGAAUAUCCUUGGUUUCUGUCUGGAGCUCGAUGGUGCAUUCUGUCUUGUGGCCCGUCUCCGCCUUUUGAAGCACCUUCGCAUUGGGUCCGGCGAAAACUUGCACGCCCUCAAGCCUCGCGAUUUGAAGUGGGUCACCAAAUCCGGUCACUCUCGAGUCAGCAAUCUGGAUCGGAAGAAUAUCAUGUGCGGUUGA